GGCAGCGGGCGGUAACGGAAGCCGCGGGAUGGAGGGCGGGCGGGCUCCGCUGCGGGAGGCGCGGCUGGACGAAGCCGAAGCGAGACGGGCCGAGUGCCGGGAGGCCGCGCGGCUGCUGGCGCGGCGCAACGCCGAGCUGCUGUGCAGGCAGCGGCGCGCCGACAGGGACGCGGCGGCUGUGCUGGCGCUGCUCACCGAGCAGGGACGGGAGAAGGCGGCGCAGAUCGAGAAACUGAAGAAGGAGCUGAUUGAUUUGAAGCAGCAAACACAAGAAGAGAACAGGAAACUGGAAGACUAUUAUACCCAACAAAUAAAAGAACUGGAAGAGAAAUUUCUGAAUAAAGUUGGAGAAAUCAGCCAAAUUAAAUUAGAACUGAAUUUAAUAAGGGAAUUCCGCAUAGAGAAAGCAGCUGUGGAGAAAGAGAUGGAAGAUUUAAAGAAGAGCGUCAAAAUCUCAAGCAGGAGACUUCAUGACGAGGCUGUGCAACGGGAGAGGAGGUUUUUUGAAGAGAAGAAAAGACUAGAAGAAGAUACUAAGAAGAAGCUAAUGAUGGCAAGAGAGGCUGCUCGACAAGAAGCUGUUUUGCAGCUGAACAGCAUUGAGAGACAGGUUUUUAAAGAGAACUUUCGUCUUCGUGGUGCUUCAUCUUAUCACCUGAAGGAGGCAAUGGAGUUGUGGAAAAUGAAACAGAAGUUAGAGGAGGAAAAAAUUCUUCUGCUACAGGAAAAGGAAGUCACUGAGAGUUUGAUUAGAAAAAAAAUCCUACAGAUCAACAAGCAGAAAGCACAGAUAGGAGAUCUGCAACGUAAAGUGGAAAAACUGGAGAUGAUCUUAUGCCACAAGACUAAAGAAUUUGAGGCAAAGACCCAAAAAACGCAGCAUCAGGCACUGAUAGAAAACCAGGCCAGCAUGGUUGAGAUCAAGAAACUGCAGCACCUGCUAGAAAUGAAGGAUCAGGAGAUGAACCGAGUGAAGAAACUAGCUCGGAAUAUCUUAAACGAGAGGACUGAAGUGGAAAGGUUCUUCUUAGAUGCUCUGGAACAUGUGAAGCAGGAGAUCAUAGCCAGUAGAAAACACUACAAGGAAAAGGCCCGAGCUGUCUAUUACAGGAAAAUGAUGGAGGCAUGUGCAGGGAAGGAAGAAUUUCCCAAAAUUAAAACAUUCAAUAUCAACAUGAACAGCACAAAUAGUGUGUACAGAGACCUAGAAGAAGCAGAGAAAUGGGAAAAUACCCAGUUUGAUAAAGUAGAUAUCAGUGAGUUGACGUGGGAACAAAAAGAACGUGUCCUGAGGUUACUUUUUGCCAAAAUGAACAACACAAAUCUGUGGAAACACAGCAGAGAUCUGACUACUUCAACUCCAGCUCCUGCUGAUGCUAAAAAAGGAAGCAUAGCUGGCACAGAAAAUAUUUCUUCCAACCAGAUAUUCAUUACACAGCAGGAUGAAUUAUGAGUCAUCAUCUUCUGCAGCAUCCUUCCAUGUAUUCAGAUGUUAACACUACAGAUCAAGUAAGGCAGCUGUACUUGUGGCAUCAACGAGUAUAUCUCCUAUCUGUUAUGCUGCUGCUUUGACUGCAUGUUUGAAAUUCAUCUGAAAUAUAACUACUUUCCUCCCCCUUACAGUGAAGGCUUGAUUCUUUCCAAAGCCAGGAGCUAGGAUGACCCUUUGUGCAGCUCUAGGACGGUUACAUCCAAACAGAUAUAAUUUGAUUAAAAUGCAUUUUCAGUUUGCAAUAAAGUGUGUGGAGCUUAAGUGCUCUUGUGAUCACACAACAGGUGUGUGGAAAUAGAACCAAGGCAUUCCUUGGAAUACUGUAUAAGGAAAUUACUACAGAAGUUCUUGAAAUGCUGUUAAAAAUUAAAAAGGAUUUAUACAGAGGUUACAGAAGCAAUAGACAGACCAGCCUCUGCAAGGAGGGUAACACAGUCAACAGAACACCUAUAUAGUAUCUUAUCAAGGAACAAUCACUUUCUGCAGUGAUUAGCAAACUUUUAAUUCAUAAUCAAAUUGCAAGGUGAGAAUUUUCCCCCAAGUACAGCAGAAGAAAAAAAAAA